AUGCAGGUGUUUGGCGAGUGGGCUCAAGUGGAAGUGGUGGAGCUGGUGAAUGAUGGCUCAGGACUGGCAUUUGGGAUCGUCGGGGGGAGAUCUUCUGGGGUCGUGGUUAAGAGUGUACUGCCUGGAGGAGUCGCUGAUAGAGAUGGUCGACUCCGUAGUGGAGAUAUGCUCCUGCGCAUCGGGGCUGUUUCGGUGGUCGGGAUGUGCGCUCGGCAGGCAGCGGCGGUAUUACGGCAGUGCGGCGCUUGCGUCCGGCUCCUGGUCGCGCGACCUGCCUCCAGCGCACCAGAUGCUUCGCUGCAGCCUCUGGGUGCUUCACCAGCUCCAAUAAUUCCAUCGCGGCUGCUUGCUGACCCAAUAGAGCUCGAGCGUCGUUUGUCAGAAGCUGGACAUGAUGGCUUUGGAGCUCUGUGUGAGGAUACCUCACCUCCGUCACCACCACCAACUAUUAUUGAAGAAAGACUUCAUCAUAGGCCAGUAGCAUCGAUCGUAGCUGUGGUGCCUAGGGGAGCUUUAGCGCCUUCGCCGCGUCCACCACCGUUAAUUGUACCACCACCACAACCAGAACCGCAGCCUCUCAGGUUACCACUCGACAUGGCAGUACGCGGCACUGGAGAGCCGGAAACUUUGAGUUACGAUGUCCAGCUGAACAAGGACUCUGCGCUCGGACUGGGCAUCACAGUAGCUGGCUAUGUUUGCGAACAAGAGGAACUGAGUGGUAUCUUCGUGAAGAGUAUCAGUGAGGGAAGUUCUUCAGAUCUUUGCGGCAAAAUACAGGUCAACGACAGGAUCGUGGAGGUUGACGGCGUAUCACUUCAUGGUGUAACGAACCACCGAGCGGUCGCUCUCCUCCGAGAUGCCAAGGGGCCAGUGGUGCGACUGAAAGCUCUGAGAUAUCUUCGCGGUGCGGGGUUUGAGAAGCUACAGAAGGCGUUAGCAGCCCAAGAUGGGAGGCGAUCUCCUAUAGCGCCACCAAGCCCUUCUGUCACGUCGUUGGCCAAAUACAGUUUUAGCGUUUACGAUGAAUCAACAGUAAUCGAAGUAGAACCAGAAUCUGAGAUACUACCGCACCUUCCUUCUCCUACUUCUCCGUCAGAAGAAGCCGAGAUAGUAAUUGGAAGAGACGACGAAGUAUCAGAGCGAGAAGCUAGAAGGAUCCAGGAUAAAUGGCGGGACAUACUGAAGGCAGAAUCAGAUUGGCCUGGACAUCAGUUCCAAUAUGAUAUCGUGGUUGGCACAGUAAUAAAGGAGAAAGACAGCGGCCUGGGUAUUUCCCUCGAGGGCACAGUCCGUGUGGUUGGCGGGAAGGAGGUCCAAGCCAGACAUUACAUCAGAGCCAUUGCGCCCAAUGGGCCUAUCGCCAGGUCGGGGAUGUACAGAGUCGGAGACGAAUUACUGGAGGUGAACGGCUGGCGAGUAUUAGGCGCUCAUCACGUGGAGGUGGUGACCAGGCUGCGAGCGGUGAUAUCUCCCGUAUCCCUGAUCGUUGUCCGAAAGAGAGAUCACUUGAUUGGAGACGGUCGACUUCCUGAUAACGGGUUUGCUAGGAGUAACAUCCUGGGUGGCAGUCUUCAGGAUCUUCUAAGUCCUCCUCAGCGACUGAUCAAGGCGAAGUCGGAGAGUUCGGUAGCAUCAUUGUGCAGCGCUACCACUGUCAUGUCCGCAGGUCAUGAUCAUGACGAGUUUUGUACAGAAGAUCUGGAACGUGUUCGGUCGAGAUCUUUGGAACCUUUGAGCGGAUUGGCGAUGUGGAGUGACCACGUGGAAUACAUACAGCUGGUGAAGGAAGAUAGGGGGCUCGGUUUUUCUAUAUUGGACUAUCUGGACCCGUCGGAGCCGGGCAGCUCGGUGAUCGUGGUGCGGUCGGUGGUGGCGGGCGGCGCGGCGGCGGCGGACGGGCGCGUGGCGCCGGGCGACCGGCUCGUCGCCGUCAACGGCCGGGACGUGGCGCGCAGCCCGCUCGCGCACGCCGUCGCCGCCAUCAAGUCCGCGCCCAAAGUCAGAAAACUCAGAUUUCCCAGCAACGGCGAGUCCGAAUUUCAGGCAUACGACCCUAACUAA